CGUUGCAUAUAGAGCAGAAAACCAAAACCCCUUUUCUUAACCCAACAGGAUGGGGAAAAUGGGGACCUCUCUAGUUUUUAGUCUUCUAGUGGCAAUACUCGCCUUCGCCUCGCAAACCUCGGCAAACUACCCUUACUCCUCUCCUCCACCACCUGCUUCUCCUCCUUACCACUACAAGUCACCGCCGCCGCCAGUGCACUACGCACCACCCCAUCAUCCUUACUAUCCUCCCAAGUCACCGCCUAAGCCUCCGGUGUACUCUCCACCAAAGCAUCCUUAUUACCCUCCCAAGUCACCGCCUAAGCCUCCGGUGUACUCUCCACCAAAGCAUCCUUAUUACCCUCCCAAGUCACCGCCUAAGCCUCCGGUGUACUCCCCUCCUCAGCACCCCCAUUACCCUCCCCACUACCCUCCCAAGUCACCGCCUAAGCCUCCGGUGUACUCCCCUCCUAAGCACCCCCAUUACCCUCCCCACUACCCUCCCAAGUCACCGCCUAAGCCUCCGGUGUACUCCCCUCCUAAGCACCCCCAUUACCCGCCCCACUACCCUCCCAAGUCACCGCCUAAGCCUCCUGUGUACUCCCCUCCUAAGCACCCCCAUUACCCUCCUCAUUACCCUCCCAAGUCACCACCUAAGCCUCCGGUGUACUCCCCUCCUAAGCACCCCCAUUACCCUCCCCACUACCCUCCCAAGUCACCACCUAAGCCUCCGGUGUACUCCCCUCCGAAGCACCCCCAUUACCCUCCCAAGUCACCACCUAAGCCUCCGGUGUACUCCCCUCCUAAGCACCCCCAUUACCCUCCCCACUACCCUCCCAAGUCACCACCUAAGCCUCCGGUGUACCACUACAAAUCUCCACCACCUCCACCUCCAUCACCACCACCUCCAUCACCACCACCACCAAAGGUGCCUUACCACUACAAGUCUCCUCCACCACCACCACCACACAAGAAGCCCUACCACCCACACCAUUCACCACCACCACCCAAGAAGCCAUACCACUACUCAUCUCCUCCACCACCACCACCAUCUCCACCACCAAAGAAGCCAUACUACUACAAGUCUCCACCACCACCACCACCACACAAGAAGCCCUACCACCCACACCACUCACCACCACCACCACCAACCCCAUCACCACCAAAGAAGCCAUACCACUACAAGUCUCCUCCACCACCAACACCAGUCUACUCACCACCUCACCACCCCUACUUCCCCCCCAAGUCACCACCUAAGCCACCAAUCUACUCACCACCCAAGCACCCCCAUUACCCUCCCAAGUCGCCACCCUCACCAACUCCACCAGUGUACUCACCACCCAAGCACCCUCACUACCCUCCCAAGUCACCACCUUACCACUACAAGUCUCCUCCACCUCCUUCUCCUCCUCCACCACCACCACACAAGCCUUACAAGCCUCCUACUCCUCCCGUUCACACUCCACCGGCUUACAUCUACUCCUCACCUCCUCCUCCUCACCACUACUAGAUAAUGAGCUCACUUGCCUCCUGGUAACGGUGAAGAGGACGAAGAAGAAAGACGUCCAAAAUAAAGAAAGGGGUUGUCCAAGGAAAGAACCUUACCAAUCAUGCAUACGAGUGAGAGCAGAAAAGCUAGCGAGUCUCCGCGUGUGAUGUGAAUGUUUUUAAUAGUUUUUUUUAUUAAUUAGGAGGAAGUUUCAUCAUCAAUCUUUUCAUUUCUAUGUAUUCGACAGUUGUUGUGCACUUCCCAUCUUCGAUUAAAGAGUUUAUAUAUGUGUAUCCAUGUCGUUUAUUUCAGCCUUAUUCCCAACGGAGACGUACGUGAAUAAUAAAAAUAAAUUAAUGCCA